UGCCUUUUUAUUGUCAUUCAGUCGUUAUUUAUUAUGACUUUUUUGUGAUGUUUAUUUUGUAAAAAGUAAUUAUAAAUGUAUAUGUUACGCCAUUGAAAAACUGAAAAACAGUAUGAAAUACGAAGGCAUUGAAAAAAGUGUGUGUAAAAGUACAUAGCUGGGAUUAAGAUAACCUUGUCGCCAACAGCCUUGGUAAUAUUGCUGCGUCGUUUAGAGAAUCCUCGCUGCCACAUGAAUCUAGACAACUUGGAUAAGGCGCUGCACGAUUUGGGCAUGCUGAGCGCUAUAACGGAGGCCCGGCGGGACUACUUACACGAGUCCAAAUCUAAUUACGGUAUGAUGCGACUGAACACGCGCUACGUCUCUAACGUCACCGUGGGGUAUUGUAUGAAGCGAGUUACCAACAAAAACAGACUAUGUCCUUACGUGUUGCCGAUGCGACAUAGAACGAAGAGCGAAAACUCGGACGCGAUCGCCACCGAUAUGGCUGACAGCGGGCGCGAUUACUUAAACACCCUUCUGGAGCCUUCUACGAGUGGAUGCAGCACCACGUUCGACAGCACCAAGUGGUCCGCGAAGCGCUGCCAGUCCCUCGAGAACCUUAACAUCUCCGUGGAACCCCAGCCUAGUCCGGACACCCCAGAACUGGAUGGAAUGUCAACACGCAUUCAGAAGCUUCAAGUUGAUGAAUGACACACCUCCCCGCCACAUUGUCGUGUGACGCCACUUAAUUGUAACAUAAAAUAAGUCGGAAUGACCGUGGGUAGCAAAUAGUAUUUACAAGUAGUAUGAAGUGAUGCAAGUAAUUAAUGUUAAAUUGUAUUUUCAGUGUAUUUGUAUGAUAGCAUGGAUGAGUAGUGGAUGUUGUUAAUGUUCCUAGUAAUUUCUUGGUGUAAUUGGUUAAUUUUGCAUGGUAUUGCCUCAAUGAGUUUAUUAUAUUGUCAAGGAAGUCUGUUUGAGUCCUCUCUCGUAAGCCAUUUAACUUAAAUUUGCUCAAAUAAUUGGAAUGGGUACAAAUUAUAGGGAUAUGAAAUGUAAAUUAUUUUGUAUCCACUUUUAGGUAAUUGUUUGAUAAAAGUUAUUGAGUUUGUUGACUUUGGGAGUUUGUGAUGUAUUCUAACAGUUUAUGGUUACCUUCAAUAAGUACCACCUAUGAGAGUUGUUAAGAACAAAUAUUUUGUGUUCUUUCUAAGUCACAGAUGCACUUCCUACUACCAUGCACUUGCAGCUUAUUUUAUUAUAAAGAUGGGUUUGGUGUAGUGUUAAAUCUAGAGAUACAU